CUAGCACCGACGUUUCGCCAUGCCGGCCACUCCCUCUCCAGUCUCCGCCUGCACGUUGCCAGAGGUGGGCAGCGGUUGAGAAGCCGCCGUCUCCGCCUCUUCUUCUGCUCCUGCUUGCCGGUGCUGGGAGCACCGAGACCCGCUGGGUGCGCUCCUUGACUUCUUCUGUGGGGCCGCCCGCGCCAUUAUGCCCGGGGCCGCUCCUCUCCUGCUGCUGCUGCUUAGCCUGGCCCAGCGCCGCUCCUGCCUGCCUGGGCCAGUGGCCACCGCCGCGCCCCUCGACAGGUCGACGGACCCCUGCCUCAGUCAGCCCUGCAGGAACAACGGCACCUGCUCGCCGGUGCUGGCCAAGCUCCCCGCCGUGCCCCGCCGCCUGCCGUUGCUUUUCCUUCAGCCCCAGCCUGCCUAUAGCUGCGCCUGCCCCUCGGGGGUCAGCGGCACCUACUGCCAGGAAAUCAGGACAGAAUACACACAGACACAGACACCGAUUUUAUCCUCACAACAACCCUGCAAGUUUGUUUCAGAUCCAUGUGCCAGCAACCCUUGUCACCAUGGCAACUGCAGCAGUAACAGUGAUGGCUACUUCUGUGUUUGUAAUGAAGGCUAUGAAGGUACAAACUGUGAACACUCAUUUUAUAGUCCUCCGGUCUUGGGAUGGACGGAAUCAGAUGAUGCACUCAGCCAGAGCAGGCCAGUAUCGGCUACUGUGGAACCUGACAUGAUGUUGCCACGAUCACAAGCGACAGUGACUCUGCCUACAUGGGAGCCAAAAGAGGGUCAGAAAGUUGUGGAUCUUAAAUGGAAUGAAGUAGAGAUACUACCUGAUGUGGCUUGUGGAAAUGCCAGCUCCAAUAAUUCUGGUGGGGGUCGCCUUAUUUCUUUUGAAGUUCCACAAAAUACAUCAAUAAAUAUAAGGCAAGAUGCCACAGCUUCCCUUAUCUUGCUAUGGAAAGUCACAGCAGACAGGUUUAAACAAUGCUCGCUUAUAGAUGCCACAAGUGUCACUCUUCUCCAAGCAAUGGGUGGACUUGUCCUGACAGAGGAAAUGCUUGCAUUAGGAAACAACUAUUUCAUUGGUUUUGUGAAUGACUCUGUUGCCAAAUGCAUUGUGGCUUUACGCUUGCCUGUGAUUGUAAAAGUCAGCACAUGCUUGCCUGCAGGAAGCCAAUCAGAUGACCUUCAGUGUUCAGGGAAAGGAAAAUGCAUCACAAAACCUUCUGAGGCAAAAUUUUUCUGUGAUUGUGAAGAUCAGUACCUGGGUGCUCUCUGUGAAGAAUUCGAUGCCUGUCAAAGCAGUCCCUGUCAGAACAAUGGAACUUGUGUGGACGCCCCAGAAAAACAUGAUGGGAACAAUUUCAGCUGCAUUUGUCUCCCUGGAUAUACUGGAGAUGUGUGUCAGUCAGAAAUUGACUACUGCAGUCAACAACCAUGUAUGAAUGGAGGCACCUGCUUUUCCAGUAUCAAUGGUUUCAGUUGCCAGUGUCCAGAAGGAUACUUAGGCUCAUCUUGUGAAGAAAAAAUCGAUCCCUGUGCUUCAUUUCCUUGCCAGAACAAUGGGACCUGUUAUGCAGACCGACUUUCCUAUUCUUGCAGUUGUAGUCCAGGAUUUACAGGGCCUUCCUGUGCUCAGCUGAUUGACUUCUGUGCUCUGAAUCCUUGUGCACAUGGCAUUUGUCGUAGUGUCGGAACAAGCUACAAAUGCCUUUGUAUCCCAGGUUACCAUGGACUCUAUUGUGAGGAAGAAUAUAAUGAGUGCCUUUCAGCCCCUUGUCAGAAUGGUGCUACUUGCAGAGACCUUGUCAAUAGCUACGAAUGUGUCUGUCUCACUGAAUAUGAAGGAAGACACUGUGAAUUAUUCAAAGAUCCUUGUGUUAACAUCAGCUGUCAGAAUGGUGGCACCUGUGACAGUGAAGGGCUAAAUGCUACCUGUAUCUGUGCACCUGGAUUUACUGGUGAAGAGUGUGAUAACAAUAUUAAUGACUGCGAAAGCAACCCCUGCCACCAUGGUGGAAUGUGCAUAGACCAACCCAAUGGGUACACAUGCCAUUGUCCACAUGGCUGGGUUGGAGCAAAUUGUGAAAUACAUCUACAGUGGAAGUCUGGACAUAUGGCAGAGAGCCUGACGAAUAUGCCACGACAUUCUCUCUACAUAAUAAUUGGAGCCCUAUGUGUAGCAUUCGUCUUGAUGUUGAUCAUCUUAAUUGUGGGGAUCUGUCGCAUCAGCCGUAUUGAAUAUCAAGGGUCAUCAAGACCAGCAUACGAGGAAUUCUACAACUGCAGGAGCAUUGACAGUGAAUUCAGUAGUGCCAUUGCCUCGAUCCGACAUGCCAGGUUUGGAAAGAAAUCUCGACCUGCAAUGUAUGAUGCAACCCCAAUUGCUUAUGAAGAUUACAGUCCUGACGACAAACCUUUGGUCACACUGAUUAAAACAAGGGAUUUGUAAUCUACUUCAGGUUUUUGGGGGCAUUAUUUUUCAAAAGGAUGGGCUACUGAAUUAAUUCAAAUAUUUUUAAGAUGAAGAAAGUGUAAGAAAUUUAAAAUGUUAGCUGCUCCAGAAUUUUCUGUAGAUUAUUUAAGAACAAAAUUUCUGCAGCUUUUAGUUUGGGGAAAAUAUUUUAAAACUGAAUUUGUGAAGUUCAUGGUUUACCUUGUAAUGUACUUUCAGCUUUAGAAACUCUAAUCUUACAAUAGUGUGUGCUUUUACCAAAUUCAGAUGAACUUCUGUGGUUGUUACAGAACGAAUAUGAUAAGUUAAGCAAUGACAAGUUUCUCUUUGAAAUAACAGUGCCAGCAUUCUCAGUAGACUUAGGAAAAAUGUAAAACUUGAUAUAUCCAUUACUGAAAAUGAAGUCUGAAAUGUUUGUGUUGUGAAAAGGAAUCUAGUAAGUUAUUAUUCCUAAACCGAAUCAGUUAGCUUUCUCCCAAUUUUGUGCAUGGAUAACUAACCUAUUUCUGCAUUAUGUUCCUGAAAAUUGCUGAAACAUACUCUUAAUUUGAUGUUUGUCAUUUUUGUAAUAGUUAUCAAGUUAGGCUUUGUAAAAAUAAUAUAUAAUUGAAGUGCCUAUAAAGGCAAACAAAGGAGUUGAUCCUGUUGCCUAUGAAGUGAGUGGAUGACAUCAUCUCCAUUGAUUUCAUAGUACUCAGGAUCAGACCUUUAUAUUGGAUCUAUAUUUUUCUUUAAAAAGUCAAGUUUUUUAUAGUGAAUAAAACUUAUCAUUUGAACUGUUUGUCUCUCAGAUGUUGUUAAUGUACAGUAUUUUGUUUCAAUAUUGUGUGUUUCUCAUAGUGCAUCUUAUUUAUACGUGAAUGUUUUUUCUGUGGCUCUAUUUGAUUGUUUAUGUGCUUCAAAAUCCUUGCUUAUUUCAAAGAAUAUUGAAUAAAUGUGAUCAAUUCAA